GGAUGCGCGCAUGUGACAGACAUUGGACGUUUCCAUUUAUACCAGUCGGGCAGGGAAUUGAAUCUCUCCAUCGGGAGCUGCGUUUUUAAAAAUCACUGGCGACUGGCAUUUUCAAACACUGCCUCGUCCGUCGCCUGCGGAUCGUCACAGCACCAUGCGAGCAGGAGAGACGCGCCCUGUGCCAUGCUGAACAACUGUCCGACUCUCCUGCUGGCUCUGACCGCGGUGGCCGGACUUCUCCAGCGAUGCCAAGGCUGGAGCGACGAAGACCUGCUCCUGCCGCCCAUCAACUCCUCCAACAGGUUCCUGGCCAACCUGGAGGUGGACGUGCGCUUCUCCAAGAGGUCUGUGGAGGAGAGCGAAGCCUCGUCCGACGCCUCCUCAUCAUCAUCAUCAUCCUCCCUGCAGUCGCUGUCCCAGUGCAACGUGAGCGUCCAGAGACUCCUGCCCACCUCGCUGGUGGCCCGCUGGGACAGCAGCUUCGGCUUCCAGUGUGAUGUGCUCAUCUACACCACCAACAACCAAGGAAGGGCUUUUUUCUCCGCGGCUUUCAACAGGGCGACCUCGCCCGUCGUCAUCGAGCACCUCGGGGUCACAGGGGGUCAGCAGGAGUUGAGGCUGUGCGUGGGAUGCGGGAUGUCUCGGUACCGGAGGUUUGGCCAGGGCCGGGCGCGGGGCCAGCAGAGCGGGGAUCAGGUCACUUUCUGCUGCGUGGAUUUCAGCCUCGAUGAGCUGAAGGGGGACAAAAGUUGGAGGCUGAACAGGAAGCCAAUCGAGUCGACACUUGUGGCUUGUUUCAUGACUUUGGUGAUCAUUGUGUGGAGUGUUGCUGCUCUCAUAUGGCCAGUCCCGAUCAUUGCAGGAUUUCUGCCCAAUGGGAUGGAGCAGAGGAGACCCAGAUAACUGAAAUUAUCUUUAUUACUUGGUAAUUAGCCUGUGCUGCCUAUACGAUAAUUGUAGCCAUUCAACUGUUCACCUGGAUGAAUGAUGAUGAUGAUGAUGAUGAUGAUGCGGAGCUUUGGAUAACUUUUUGAUCAAAUGUUUUAGUUUUGGGUGUUCUUUAACCCUUAAUAGCUCGCCUCAUUAGGACAAGCAAGGUAAUGUAUGACAGAUUAUACUAGCCAAUAGUAAUCUAUACUGGGACCAACACCAAUGUGUUUUUGUAGGCCUUCUAUAGCCUGGGUUAUGUCAAACUGUGCACACCUUUCUCUUUAAACAGUGUUUGUAGCCUAUAGUUUUUAAUCUUUCUAGAGAGUUUUUUGCCUUAUCCCAUGUGUAGGAUUUUUUGCACUGAAAACUGAACUUUAACGUGUGACGUCACAUAUUUAAUCUAUAGUAAUGUUCAAAGUAAGUGUAAUAGUUUUCUUUUUUUCCAACACAUUCUGAGAAAUAGAUGUUGUUUAUGACUGACAGAGAGGCUUUCAAUAUUUAUAUUGUUAGAUUUAUAAUGUCAAGUUCAAUAUACGUGCUUAUUUGUAUUCAUGUUCCAACGGUUUCAAUAAAAUUGAUUAUAGGUUAUAUUUCAGUUCUC